AGUGCGAUUAGCGGGUUGUCAAAGUUUUGAUUUGGUCCCAGCCAGUGCCAUUAAAAUUUUUACUGGUAAUAACAUCUGCCAAAAUGAAAUUGUAAUCUUUGGAAUUAGAAGCUGUUCUUCACGUGUACACUAAAUAUAGUGCAACACACAAUCACCAAGUAUUGUAGACUGAGGUGGGGCUAUUCUACCCUAUAGGCUGAUUAUAUUCCUGAGGGAGAAAUCAUUGAAUUAAAUGUGGUUAUGAUUGGUCAGACUUUAUAGAAAGAGCUCCUCUUAUGAAUAAAGACUGUGCAGCUUUCCAAAUAAGAAAAGUGUUUCAAAAGCUCAAGAGUUUUACUCCUUUCUGGGUGCAGUUGUUGCCUAUUAAAUGUUCUCUAAUGUACAUCUUGUGCAGUAUUGAAAUGUGGAUUCUGCUGUGCACAUCAGUUAAGAAAAGAAAGUGAAUCUUCAAAAAGAUGCGCAUUGGGGCUGUGGUGAAGACUGGUGCAAAAUCAAGUUACUAUCACCAACGGUUUUGAAAAAGUGGCCUACCUUGCAGUUUUUCAUGUCUGUUUUGUAAUGUUUGUGUGGACAUAUUGGAAGUCUAUUUUUACACCGCCUUCUCAGCCAUCAAAACAGUUUCAUAUGUCCUACUCUGACAAGGAGAGAUAUGAGAAUGAGGAGAGAUCUGAAGUACAGAAGCAAAUCCUGCUGGAUAUAGCCAAGAGGUUACCAGUGUAUACCCGGUCAGCAUCUGGAGCUGUCAGAUUUUGCGAUCGGUGCCAGGUGAUUAAACCAGACCGCUGCCAUCAUUGUUCUCUCUGUGAAAUGUGUGUGUUGAAAAUGGAUCAUCAUUGCCCUUGGGUGAAUAACUGCAUUGGUUUUUCGAACUACAAGUUCUUUCUGCUGUUUCUGACGUAUGCCAUCGUGUACUGUGUGUUCGUUGCCUCCACUGUUUUGCAGUACUUCAUCAAGUUUUGGGCAGGUGAGCUCCCAAACGGCCACGCCAAGUUCCAUGUCUUGUUCUUGCUCUUUGUGGCUCUCAUGUUUUUUGUGAGUCUCAUGUUCCUGUUUGGCUACCACUGUUGGCUUGUGGCUAAAAACAGAUCCACUCUGGAGGCUUUUCAAUACCCAACUUUUCAUAAUGGACCUGACAAAAAUGGCUUCAACCUUGGGUUUUUGAAAAACUUGCAACAGGUGUUUGGGGAAGAUAGAAAAUAUUGGUUUAUACCGACGUUUACCAGCCUUGGCGAUGGUCAUUUCUUCCCCAUGAGGUUUCAGGGCGAAUCCCGAAAUCCUCUGUUGGCCAAUGAAGAGCAGUGUGAGGAUGGGGGAUCGGAUGAAGAAAACUACAUUCUGCGAAGAGGAGAUCCGUCAGUCACCAUAGAACUGGACACAUAGCAAGCUGUGGGGUUUGCUGAUUUCCUGCUACAGGACUGCAGAUUACUUAAAAUGAGAAUCUCCCUCAAGGACCAGGAAUCAAGUUACUGUUGUGUUUUAUGGAUAACCACAUUCCGUCUUGCUGGAUUUGAAAACAGCAGCGUUUCUUUUUUAAUAUAUA